CCUAUUGCUGUUAAAACGCCAACAAGCCCUUGCCUCUCGGAUAGGUUCCUUACACGUUUUGUUCUUCGUCAUCAUUCUGUUGGACAUGAAUAUCUAGUCAGAAGCGAGGAACCGAUCGACUCAAGCUUUUGUAUGUGAAAUUCCACCAAGUGUGAAUUGCGAAACUGCUGAGGCUUGAGCAUGCGGAGCGCGAGACGCUUCAGUGUGGAGGGCGAUCUGUUUAGGGACUGGUCGAUCUACAUGCGGAAUAUGCAGUUCUUAUAUCUCUGGCGUGCGGAUGCUACACGGUUGCCAAUCUGAUUCAUUUUGUAACGUAGAAUUUAGUACUAUAUAUUCCUGGAUUACUGAGGGCGGGGUUUGACGCCUGCGCACUUCAGUGCCGUCCAGUUGCACGUGCAAACAUAUUGGAGAAAGAGGACUGCUGGGUAUUCAGGUUAUCUACCGGAGGAAGUGACGGCGGUCGGAACAGGUCCGUAAGCAGUGGCAUGAGGUUGUCUAGGUCACAUCCUAUACAUGGUCGGAGCAUCGUGCCACCGACAUUGGGCAUACUACCAAAAAUAGUUUCUUAGGAUCGGAAAAGAACCUUCUUCAUUAAUAGUAAGAGAGAUUGUGGGGGACUUGCAACUCCCUAUUUGUAACAUCAGCGAUCUCUCCGUAAUUUGUUUGCAAGAGUGAUUGCGUCUUGGACACGACAGAACCUCGUGUUUCUGCCAUCAUCGAAUGGAAUUCCAGCACACAUAGGAGGUGACCUUACAAAUUCCGUGACAUCUCUAUUUUGAGGUAAGGAUCGUUGUAGACAUCUGGUUCGUGUGCAAUCAGCAAGCCGCCUGGGGAUGUACGACGAGCAGUGCGUGCUUCUAAGAGAACUCUCAUUCAUGGGAGACCACGCUAGAUGGAUGACGCGGCUCCAGAACUGGCAGCUUGUAACAGCAUGGUGUAGGACCAGCGGCGUCAACCAUUGCGGUUGUGUAAUAGUGUAACACAAUUUUUAGUAUUAGUGAAGAAGAGCUGUGGCGUUCUGCAACAGCUUGCAUCCGAUUGCAUGGAUUUUCUAGGGAAACAGAGCCUCGACGGCAGCGAGGAAGAUAGGGACAUCGAUGGUGGUGCUGGGAGUCAAACCAGCCCUCGAGUCUCGUCAGAGGAUCUAUCGUCAGAGAGCAACACAACUUCCACUACUAAUGCUCAGGAUUCGGCUGCCAAUGGUGCGAGAACCCCUGGCUGUCGAGGGAAGGUUCGGCAAUAUGUGCGCUCCAGAUUGCCGAGACUGCGGUGGACAGCCGACCUCCACCACUGUUUUAAGGUGGCCGUAGAACGACUAGGUGGGCACGAGAAAGCAACACCUAAGAUGGUAUUGCAGCUCAUGGAUGUGAAAGGCCUAACCAUCGCUCACGUCAAAAGCCACCUACAGAUGUAUAGGAGCAUGAAGAACGACGAGAGCGUUCAAUCUGAUAUCGGCUACUGGAGAGAAGGGCACUUACAUCCCACGAACCUUUGGCUACAGGCCACUCCAGAGCGCAGUAGGAUUAGCGAUGUGCUGAUCCAUGAGCAGACAGCGGAAAUACCAAUGAGAUCAAGCUCCGUCAAGAAGCAGCUGGAGACAGAAUGGGAAAUGCGGCGACGAGAAUACGAUGCGCGAAUAACAUUUACGAUGCUGAUGGAGGGCCGAGUAGAAUACCCGGCGAUUAUCACUCCAACCACCAGGGUUGAAUCUCGAUCUUCCACUCAGCUUCUCAAGCUCCUGGAUGGGUCGGGUGACAGUGGACCUGGCAGACGAAGACCGUCUGACGUCUGGACACCCUUUUCAGAGCUUGACUUCAAGAACCAGCAGGAUGAUGCACACCGUAACCCAUUUCCCAGCUUUGCAUCACGUCGGUUAGACAUAACCUCAAGAUACACCAACGAUCCCCUUAAAUUUCAGGGCUGUGAGAUUCACAAACAGCAAUCCGACUUAACCAGGCCACAGACGCAACGGCCCACAGUGCAGGAUUCAUUUGAUCGGUAUAGCUACGACCACAAUUCCGAAUGCAACUGGAGACAAAACAGAUACUCGACGGACCCAAACAGCUCCCUUUCCCUGUCACGCCCGCACUCAUGGCCAGGCUGUACAGUUCCGAGUCAGAAGGGUAUUAUCUUGAGCCAUCGGAGUACAGCUAUGGCAACGAAGCCUGUUCCUAUUGUUGACUUCUUGUCGUCACCCCAGAGCAGGAAUAUUGGGCGCAAGGGGGCUCCAGGGGAUGGUCUCAGGCUCCACUUGACCAUGUCAACAGGGUCAGGUAGCGAAGGUCAUGACGAAGGACCAGAGAGUUUAUACCGCAAGAAAGAGGAGGAUGUGGACCUUACGUUGGAUCUUACAAUGUCUACAAGAUGACGACAGUUGAGUGUACAGGUGUACCAUCUGAGAUUAUACGUAGAACAUCAUAUAAGUAUAACUUGUCCCUGUAGGGUUUUUUCAAUAAGCAUAAUGUUAGAAAUGGAAUUAUCCUGGUAUUUGUAGGUUCUUCGAUCUUCUGAAGUUAGAGAAUAAUUUCAUAUCUCAUUAUGAUCAUUGAACAAGAACAUCCCUCACGUUCAUAUAGAUUUGAACCAGGGACUAAAAGGAAGAACUGAUCUGCUGCGGUUGCAGACAAGAGUUGCAAUUUAGGAGUCUUAGUCCAACAGCUCAAGGAAGGACGAUUUCACGACGUGAUCCUAAUCAUCGAUGCAAAAGGUGAUGUACAUACAGUAGUAUUGUUAAAGAUUAUAUCAAGAGAGAAUGAUCCGAGUUAAGUCAUCUAGCUGCAAACAGAGUUAUAAUUACGGACAGGAAGUUUGCUGCAUUUCCUAUUGUACACUUCCAAUGCUCGAGGUUGACUUUCUUCAGUCUCAGCUGGGCCGUUCAGCUUCUAAUUCAUCAUAAGUACUAGUAUCUUGCAGAUGGCCAGGUUGGCCUCAUUGGUUGUUGCGGAGAGUCAGAAGGCCGAUAUGCUUCUGUCGGUGUAUCUAUCUCCGAACAUCUGUGAAUCAAACCUAGUUGCGCGUCAUGGCGGCGACCAACGCUCACUGUCCCAACCUUCAAAACUAGGCUAUGGCUACGAGAGGAUUACACUUAAAGGACCACCUCCUCACCUGGAAGCAGAUUCAUUUUCCUGCGGUUUGCCAGUCAACAGACGGAGUUCUUCUCAUUCCAGGACUCAGCUUACCGCUAAAUAUGGCACAUGUAUAUUUACCUCCCGCGCAGAGAAAGAUCUCUGACGUUACAGCAUUCCAGAACACAAGCUUGGAAUGUUCGUAGACAUUCCAAAGGACCACUAGCAGCUGGUAUCCUUUCCCGCGCUGACACGAACACGAAAGCAUGGCAUCCACAUCACCAGGCAGAAAUUCUUUGCAUGCUCCCGGGUAUACUGUCAUUUAUGAAAUAUACUGUCAUUUAUGAAAUAUAAAAUAUUAGCAUUUCAAGAUCAA